AUGAGCAAUCACCGUCGCGCACCCUUGGGAGAGGCAACCCAGAGAGUCAACAAUGCUCAACAGGCACAAUUCAAUCCUUCUUCAAAAACAACCCCGAUGCCGCACCAUGAAAGCCUGAGAGUUGAUGGGCUUCUACACCCACACAACGCAGUCCCAGGUGCACCGAUAUCCCAGGGCGACUAUUAUCCCCUACGAAACCUAAAUCCAGAUGGACCACCAGCCUUAAACGCGGUGAACCCACGCCUGUCUGCUAUUUCAAAGCAUAAUCCCGGCACAGACUCCAAUAGAAAUUCCCAAAUAUCGACGGUUUCAACGAAUGCAUCCGACGGGAAGAGAAUCAAGACUUACAUUGGCCCUUGGAAGCUAGGGAAAACUUUGGGAAAAGGGGCAACUGCUCGAGUACGACACGCCAGGAAUGCGUACACGGGGCAAGAAGCAGCCAUCAAGAUUGUGCACAAAAGAAAUGCGCAAAUGUCACAGGCUGGAAGUCUGAAGGAUUUGGACAAAACAGAGGCAAACAUGUCUGAUACUGUAGAUGGGCUUCGACGGAUGCCGGCUGGAAUCGAAAGAGAAGUGGCAAUCAUGAAGCUGAUUCAACAUCCGAACAUCAUGAGACUUUACGACAUUUGGGAAAAUCGCACAGAAAUCUACUUGGUCUUAGAGUACGUCGAUAAUGGAGAGCUCUUCGAACGCAUCACUUCCAGUGGUAGGCUUGGGGAAGAGGAAGCGAUCAGGUACUUCCGGCAGAUCCUCAGUGCUGUUGGCUAUUGCCACUCUUUCAAUAUCUGCCACCGAGAUCUUAAACCAGAGAACAUUUUACUCACGAAGGGUGGAGAAAUCAAGAUUGCUGAUUUUGGGAUGGCUGCAUUACAUCAAAGUCCUGAUCAUAAGCUCCUAACCUCAUGUGGAAGUCCCCAUUAUGCUGCUCCGGAAUUAAUUCGCGGUUCCACGUACCGUGGCGAGAAGGUUGAUAUAUGGAGUAUGGGGGUCAUUCUCUACGCCUCACUCUCUGGGAGAUUGCCUUUCGAUGUCGAAGCAAUUGGCAAAGAUUGGAAAACUCCAUUGUAUUCCAAAAUCAGAAAGGGUUCAUAUGAGAGGGCUCCCGAGUGUACUGACGACGCCGCUAGUCUCAUAUGGAGAAUGCUGCAAGUCAACCCCAGAGACAGGAUUAAUCUAAGCCAAAUAUGGAGACAUCCUCUUCUCCGGAAAUACGAUUACCUAGACACACUAGGUGGGGGUCGCCAUCCACAGUCGCCUAACGUAGAGGACUGCGGGCGCCCCGUACUUCGGAGAAGCGAUAUAAACAAGGAGCUACUCCGCCAUCUAAAGUCUUUGUGGCACACACUAUCCGAACAGCAGCUAAUGAAUGCACUUAUGUGUGAAGAACCAAAUCCCCAGAAGCUCUUUUACAGUCUUCUUUUGAGAUAUAGAGAUGCUCAGUUGGAGAACUAUACACCAGAUCUGCCAAAAUCGAAAAUCCAUGCGCGCCAGUCCUCUCGGUUUACGGUUAUCAGUAACACUGCAGAUACCGAGAGAAGUUAUGAUCCUUUCAAAGCUUCUCGUCCUCAGCAUGUUGACUCAAUUCGACCUGCAGAUCGUGCAACUAUAACUAUCCACCGCAACCCAGACCAAGCCGACGAUGAGGAGAGAUUCACCCCUCGGCAGCAUGUUGGUCCUCGAACCUCCGUGACCAGUGGACCGGAACGUGGAAGGCCGCGAAAUAUAUUCCCGCCGAAACCAUAUGCAUCGCGAAGUUCUUUAGCUAGUUCUACUAAAAGUCGAAGCAGUGCUCCUCGCGUACGAGCGACUAUUGGGAAUAGACGUGGUGUAAGCUUCUCACGCCUUCGAAAGGCGUCACCAUCUGUUACCAGUCAGAGUAUUGCAUCUACGCCCACGAAGCAAACUUCAACAGUCGAAAGGCACAGUAAUCAUACUGAAGUGACUGAUGACGGGGGUGAUACUCUGCGUCCGAUCGCCGAGAACUCGGCCUCUUCGCGUUACGUUCGAUCCCGGAAAUCUGAAUCCACAGCUUCUGAGACAGUGGUUCAUCACCCCCCAGCAAAAUCGGCUCCUUCGAGUCAGAUCUGGACCGAGGAUAUGCGGCAACUAAGUACCAGCUUAGCCAAAGACUGCGAUGAAGCUUUCAAUUGGUCCACUGUGGUAUCAACUUCAGAUAAGCCCCAAAGGGUCAAAGCCAAUUCAUUGUCGUUAGCAGGUGCCAAUCGAAAGUUAAGGCGUUCUUCUCUUGAUACGCGGCCACUUCCGGCCCCCCCUUCGAGAACCGAUUCUGUCAAUUCCGAGCUUCUGGAGGCACGCAAGCAAGCUGAGCUUAGGAAAGCAUCUGGAGAGGAUUCGACGGGAUAUUUGAACCGACUGGUGUCACAUAUCGACCGUCUCAUACAGCCAUCCGAAUUAAAAGACCAUCACCCCGAUCGUCGCACGUCAUCGGCUCCUCCUGUGGAGAAAAAACUUCUUCCAUUGGGUCGUCUGUUGCCUUCAAUACACGAAAUCGGUGGCGAAGAUGGAUCGUCACGGGACUCCUCUGCUUCGACUAAUCCUGGUUACUAUCGACAGGUACAGGUUAAAAACAGCCGCAUAGCAUCCGCCCCGGAACCUAGAGCGGCAUGCAAGACAUAUCUCGAAGAUCGAUUCUCUAGACCAUACUCUUAUGAGAGAGAGACUAUCCGUGUCGUCAAUUCACCAUCCCAAAGAAGCCCUGUCAAAGCCCCUGCACCCCUCAAAAUUCGGAAGAAGGGAAGUGCAGGUCCGUCAGCUUUGAGGAAUGGACACUUAGAAUCAGGUCAUAAGUAUCGUGCCGACUUCAAGCUUAAUGCCCCAGAAGACCUUGGACAAGCUGUUCAGGAUACAAACAUUGAUGAUCAGUAUACCUACGAUACUAGCUCUGGCACCGUUAUCAGGAAGACAUCGAAUUGGUUCAAGCGCAGCUCGAAGGGCUCAGAGGAAGACUACAAGACGUCAGCCAGGGCUGAAACAUCGCAGUCGCAAUAUUCUAGCAUUAGUACCAACCCGCCGCAUCUCGACACGAACCUUCCGGUAUCUUCAAAGACUAAAGGUUUCAAUUUGCGCAGACUUUUCAAGAAGCGAAAUUCGAAGCCGCACAUGACAGUUGGCAAUUACGAUGUCUUUGAAGAAGAUUCAAGUCUCCAGGAUUCGACAGUAGACGCUUCACGCCAGUCAUACCCAAGCCGUUAUGCAAAUUUUGAUGACCCACGAGCACGACAAAUUGAACCACAGCAGAAUUGGCUUGCCAAGCUUUUCCAUGUGAAGCCAGCGUCUAAGUUCAUCUGCUUUUCCGUUUCCAAGCGUAGAGCACGACGUGAAAUCGCUACUGUUCUUCGGGACUGGAGGCGGUAUGGUAUCAAAGAUGUCCAAGUUGAUAAGGAGAGGAAUAUUGUGUUUGGAAAGGUGGGAGCUACGAAUCAUCUCAAUAUGAAAGAAGUUGCUUUUGCCGGAGAGGUCAUGACGGUCAUCGAGCAUGGAAAGCGAUCACACCUCAGCAUCGCGCGCUUUACUCAAGAACAAGGUGCCGCCAGCAGUUUCCACAAGGUUGUUGAAACCCUAGAGAACGUGUUGAAGCUUCGUGGAAUGCUCAUCACUGAUGAGCGAAAGAAGAGGAUGAUGAUUAAGACGCUGAGCACGAUUUGA